AGCGCAAGUACCGAACCAUGCGAAAGAGGGGUUGUUCCUGAAACACCACCACCCGUUCACUCUCAAUCGUCAGCCUGUAUAUACCCCGGAUUUCACCCCUCAACCGUCUCACAACUUUUUCACGUCCUGCUUCAAUCAUCACCACCAUCAUUCCCCCAACCAAAAACAUCUCGCGGAACUUCUCAAAAUGACACGAAAACCCACCACCACCUCAAACUCUACAUUCACCACCACCCCCUCCCGCCUCACCCUUCUCUGGCUUCUAGUCUCCCUCCCCCUCGUAAUCUGGGACACCCUCUACGUCCUGCUUCGCCCACACACCAUGCCGGGAGGCGCUCUGCACUACCCCCUCUGGGCACCCUACGAGCUAUACGGACGCGUGGAUUACGUGUACGGAUGGAAGGCGUGGAACGAGCGGAACGGGUUCACGGCCGCGCAAGGGAUGAUGAAUGCGCUGGAGACGGUGAUGUAUUUGGUUUAUGCCUGGGGGGUGUUGGGGGGUGGAAAUGGAAAGGGGGAGGGGAGACGGGGGGCGACGGUGUUGUUGGUGGGAUUUUCGGCGGCGGUGAUGACGUUGAGUAAGACGGUGCUUUAUUGGCUUAAUGAGUAUUACUCUGGGUUUGACAACAUUGGUCAUAACUCGACGUUCGAUCUGAUCUUGUUGUGGAUUAUUCCCAAUGGCGCCUGGCUCGUCUUCCCAUCUGUCAUGAUCUGUACUUUGGGUUCGGAGAUUAUUGAUGGCUUGGCUGGUCCCUCGACUACGGCAGAUCAUUCUAUCAAGGUCGAGUGAACUUUCUGCGGCCACGUCGAUGGCGAUGAGCCGUGGGA